AUGGACGAAGCAUCUUUACUGCAUCUGAUCUUUCUGAUGUCACAGCUGAGUUGCACAGCAAACCAAGCUAAACUGACUGUGAGUCCCAGCAGAUCUCAGCUGUUUAAAGAUAAAUUUGUGUCUCUGAGCUGUGAGGAGGAUGACAGCUCUGCUGGAUGGACUCUGAGGAGAAACACAAGCAGAGAACAGAGGACUCAGUGUGGAGAUGGGUUUGGGAAACCAGCUGGUUCUUCAUGUACCAUCAGCUACAUUGACCCACUGGACAGUGGAGUUUACUGGUGUGAGUCCAGAGAGGGUGCCAUCAGUAACAUGGUUAACCUCACAGUCUCUGGUGGAUCAGUGAUCCUGCAGAGUCCUGUCCUCCCUGUGAUGGAGGGAGAUGACGUCACUCUGCUCUGUCAAACAAAGACCACUCCCUCCAACCUCCCAGCUGCUUUCUAUAAAGAUGGCUCCCUCAUCAGGAACCGGACUACAGGUCACAUGACCAUCCAGCAUGUUUCCAGGUCUGAAGAAGGCCUCUACAAGUGUGACAUCAGCGGUCAUGGAGAGUCUCCAUCCAGCUGGAUCACUGUCACAGAAAAACUCCUGCCCACUUCUGGAGGUCCACACCCUACCCCACCCUCCCUGCUUUUUGACUUUACGCUGAUGCGCUACCUGGUGGUGUUCUGUCCAUUCUUUAUCUCCACUCUCCUCAUGGUGUCUGUAUAUCAAUGCAGAGCGACAGGAAAUGACCUGCCUGCCCCCCCCGGUAAUGACCCAUCCAUACAAGCUGAGUGGGAAUUAGCCGGGGAGGAGGAUGAUGAAAGUCCCAUUGAGUUUAGGAACCUCUUAUCUGAGAGAGUCCUGGUCAGGGCGGUGGAGCUGAAGGCGGUGGAGCUGCAGCCGACGCUGAAGACUGUGGCGUUGGUGUUGCAGUUGCUAAAGACGGAGCUGAGGCUGAAGACUCCAGAGAUGAUGCAGGUGACAGUUCUGGUGGUGAAGGUUGCUCCAAAAACUCAGGCAGUGGUGAUGCAAGUGAGGAUUCAGAUGCCACAGAUGAAGCAGCUGAAGACUCUAAAGAUGGUGCAAAUACAGAUGGCUUGGAUGACAUAUAGCUGA